AUGAAGAUAAACUCGUGUCUAUCAACCUUAUUCCUCACGUUACUGGUGGUUAUUGUUGUUAUAGGUAGCGGUGAUGCUGGUGCCCCUACAACCUCUGAGCCUAUUCCAUUGACAUACAAAAGUUUUACGAAAAAAAUUUCAAAGGGUACCUGGCUUGUUAAUUUCAUGUCUCCGUAUUGUACGCACUGUCUAAAACUUGAACCAAUAUGGAAAUCGCUUUCCGAGAAAUAUGCACCUCUUCGUAAAACACACAGAUUCUUUAUUGCCGAAGUGGAUGUCAGUCUCUACGGAGAACCUGAACCACAGUUUAAGAAAAUUACAAAGCCGUCUGUGCCGCCAAAUCAAGAUGGAAAAGUUGUGGUGCUUGGCGCUGCUAACUGGGAUUCGAUUAAUGAUUCGGGACCCUGGUUUGUUGAAUUUUUUGCUCCGUGGUGUCCGCACUGUCAGCAUUUGGCUCCGAUUUGGGAGGAAUUGGCUCCAAAAUUAGUAAACAAAAUCAAUAUUGGAAGUGUUGAUUGUACCGUUGAAGGAGAUCUUUGUGGUCAAUUUGAAGUUCGUGCAUAUCCAACAUUAAAAUUAUUUAUGAAUGACGAUGUAAUUGAUUAUAAAGGGGCUCGGAAACUACCGGAGCUCCUUGCAUUUGCAGAAAAGGCUGCAUCGGCAGGAAUAAUUGAAAUUAAUGCCGACGAAUUCGAGCAUACAAUGAAAAAGAAAGAUGUGUCGUUUCUUUAUUUGUAUGAUGAAACAACCCAAGAAGAUUUUUUGGAUAUAAUCGAAUCAUUAGCCCAUACUUUCUUCUCAUCUGCUAAAAUUUACUCUACCAAAGACCCACAACUCGCUCAGGAGCUCAAAGUCUACCAGGUGCCAGCCCUACUUGUCGUAAAAGACGAGAUACAUAAAGGUUAUCAUGGAACAUUCCGAGACAUCGAAGAGCUCAAAAAAUGGAUAAACGCUGAAAAAUACCCAUUGGUCGCGGCACUAAACUCUGAAAACACCGAAGAAAUAUUAAGCGGCGAACGACUAGUCGCCUUGGGUGUUUUCGAUCCGAAGAGCGGCAAGAGUUUCAAUAAGGCUAAAACUGCGUUGAAAGCUGUUGCUCGAAGAUACUUUUUGCUGGUUAAAAGACGUGGUGGGACAGAAGACGGGCGGUCAGUCAUUUUUGCGUAUAUUGAUGGUAGUAAAUGGUCGGAUUAUAUCAAGCGUGUUUAUGGAUUGAAGUCUACUGAUUUACCGGCUGUUAUAAUCACGGAUCCAACGAGUGAAGAGUAUUACGAUAAGACAAAAGACGGAAAUCAAUUAACCUUUGAAGAAUUAUUCGACGCUAUUCAUGAUGUAAAGAAACAUUUAAUAAAGGGAACAAGUACAAUGAAUUUUAUGGAAAAAACAUUCAAGCACUCGUAUAAAAAAGCAUGGAACCAUCCUUUCAUCACAUUGACGUUUAUUGGAAUCUCACUGGGUGGACUUUGGUAUUCCUGUUUCUCAAAACCUGUUAUUAGGAAUGGAAGAGGUUCACCAGGGUAUCCGAAAUUCGAAUAG